CAGCUCUAGGAAGGGUUCUGGUCGUCCCAAACGUCUUCCUUUUAAGGAUUAUGGAGGCCACUGUGCUUUUAGGAACCUUAAGUGCAGCAAAACAUUUUUGUAACCUUGGCCAGUACAGUAUUGUACAGUAUGAGAGCAUUUGGGGGUGUUAAUGUUUGUAAUAAGUGUGCCCUCAUACUGUUCAUGUUGUGUGUAUGUGACCCUGUUAUCCAUAAAUGGAUAUAUGACAAAAUUAAAAAUAGGUUCCAGUUUGACAGAGAAUAAGUUGUGUGUGUGUUUUUCCUUCGUAUAGUUUAAUCAAAUUUACCAGUUAUCGCUCACGCAAAUGUUUUUUUCUGUUUUUUUAUAAUGCACUGAACUGUAAGCUGUUGACAUGUGAAACACAAUUUCGUUUCUAUUCAACAUAUAGAAAUGACAAAUAAAGCAUCAAUCAAUCAAUCAAUCAAUCAAUCAAUCAAAUGUCUGCUCCAUAUCUUAGAGAUGCUUUAUAGCUGAAUCGCAUUUUGAAACAUCAACACUGAACUGACUCGAGCUGAAUAACAACAAUGUUGCCUUCUGUAGAACUGCUUAUAGCUGAACUGAACUUGUUUCAAAAUUUAGACAGUUAUUGAAUUGAACUGAACCAAAAUGAAGUGACUUGAGCAGAAUAAUGGCACUAUUGUCUUUGUAGUGCUGCUUUAAUUCGAAUUUAUCUUGAAGAAGUUUUCACAAUUGACUCUGAUAUUUUCCUCUUUAUUACACUGUGAAGCUGCUUUGAAACAAUCUGUAUUGUGUAAAACACUAGAAAAAAAAUGACCUUACUUUAAUAUUGCAGCGAGUUCAUCUAAUGCAAUCAUUAGAUGGCAAGAAAAAAAGGAGAGCUUAUUUUGUAGAAUCUUGAUUGUUUCGAAACUCCCGUUUCUGCAUUUGUUGUCUACAGUAAACAGAUGAUUAUGAUGAUGAGAAUUGUGUUUGUUAUAAAUACCGUGUGCACAUGUGUCUCCUUAAGAGAAUUCUAGAGUUUUCCUUCUGUUCACACAUUCAACAUGCUGGUGCAAAAGCUAAGCUGGAUCGCUGUGCUGCUUGUACUGUGUCAACAUGGUGUAGAAGCGAAAAGGGUAACUGCCUGUGAAGGAGAAUCUGCAGUCCUCGAAUGUCAUGGGCAAUCAAUAAGGAUCAUUAAUGCCAACUAUGGGAGAACUGAUGACACAAUAUGCCCUCGUGGAAUGAUACAUGAUUUAAACUGUUUAUCAGCAAAAUCCAUCUGUAUAAUGUCCGUUCGGUGUGAUGGAAAUAAGAGCUGUUCUGUUCCUGCAGUGAACUCAGUUUUUGGUGAUCCUUGUUUUGGGACUUAUAAAUACCUGGAUGUGUCUUAUGAUUGCCAAUAAUGAAGGGGAACAGGUGUUUUAUACAUAUAAUUUCCUAAAUCUAUCCUAAUUGUUUAAGUUGAUAAUUAAUUAUAAAAUUCUUUAGCUUUAGACCAUCUAUGUAGAUGAUAAUAAAUAUUUGUUGUUUUACCUUAUAAGUUGCAAGAAGUCUUGUCAGCUAGUGCUUCAGAUUCUGUCUACUCUGAUCCAUGUCGGUGUGUCCAUAGGUAUCUAGAAGUGACGUAAAGCUGUAUAGCCUAUAAUUUUGUGAUUAUCCUGCCACAUAAAUGUAUUUUUUGUGUGUACGUUUUUUAAAUGAAAAGUCUCUCUCUAUUAUUGAUAUUGGAUGCUGAUAAUCUUAUUUUUGGUCUGUGAAAUAAUGAUUUGAUUGAAUGAAAGCUCUAUCUAAAAACAGACAAAACAAAACAAAACAAUGCAUUUAAAUAUGGAGGUGUCAACAAAUGAGAAUUAUUGGAAGUAAAAUGUCUCAAAAAGUAAAAUGUCUAGAUGUUUUAGAAAUGGGCUAUCAUUAUCAUAUCAUAUUAUCAUUUAUCUGUACGUAAAUGUAUAAAAACUGCACUUUGUCAAACAGCAAACUGUAUAAAAAUAAAUAAAACAGGACACUCUACUCAGCACUGCCAAAUCUCAUUAAUGGAGAAAGAUCAAGAGAUCUGGUGAGAUCUUAUGUAGAAGAAUCUACAAAACACAAGAGUUGUUUUUAAUUCUUUUUAAUUCAGUUUUUAUUUCUUUUAAAGCUGUUAUGUAACAAUUUAUUUUGUACAACUUGGAACAU